CACGGUGAUUGAAUUCAUGUAAUCACAGGUUAAAGGUUUCAUGUAAAAUUACCUAAUGUCUCAAUAUAUACAAGAAUUUAACCCAUAUAGAUUUCUCAGUGGGGGUGGGUGGGAAUCUACAAAUUAUGACAGGCUGUAACAUACUAACAUGUAAUUAUAUUCACAUAAUCUCAUUUUGCAGCAAGUACAGAAAAGAAAGAAAUGAAAAAUAUGAACUUUAAAUAGGUCGAUGAAAACGAGGUGUACUGCUCAACUGCAACAGCAAUUACUACUCAGGCGGUCAGGCUAUUUCAUAUUUCCUUUACCUGUUUCAGGGCUACACUUCACUCCGGCAACCGGAAACCUUAUAUCAGAAAAGGUUAGUAACACUCUUACAUUUUUCUAGAGUUUCUGUACAUUUAGAUUGAAAUCGCUUCAAUGGAGUGAUUAAUAUCUUUAUAUCUCCUCUCAUUUCUAUGUUGGCUUCAAAUAAUAUUAAGUAGAAAUGUUUACAUGCCUUAGGAGCUUUACAUCUAUAAUCGACUCAUUGUUAUUUGUUAUUAUGAUUUCAUCAAGAUUGUUACCAUUUGUUUGAGAUGUUGACAUCUAGAAGUGAUGCUCAAAAUCAUAGUUAAAACACAAGUUUAUUAGAGUAAAAAAGACAGUUUUAAACUGGGCCAAGUAUCUUGCAGAGUAAUUUGAGGAGAUAUAGCUAUUCAUGUUUUUUCCAACCCUGAGAGCAUUUUCUGUAAUAAGAGAACACAACAUUGUUUUGCACUAGAACCAUAAAAUAAGACAAAAGAUAGCCUCAAUCUACACUAGGAAAUCACUUUGCAGAAAAUUGAAAUCACACGGGUGAUCAUGAAUCUCACAUAGCAAUUGUAAUGGGCUAAAGCUACACAGUAAAUUACACCGUGAUCAAACUUUGGAAGUCAGAAAUGGCUUCAAAUGGAUAUUUGGGCAACAAAUGCUGAGAGCCAAGAAAAAAAGUCAUUUCAAUUUUCAUGUGUUUGCUGCAUUUGAUGUUAUUUUAAUACCUAACUGCACUGACAUCUAAAUUCUUAUAGACAUUAUCUUGUUACUUUUUAAAGGAUGGGCAACCUAGAUUCAUAUAGAGGAGGCGAGUUCUUUUUCCUACAGUUUCUGGCAGAGGAGAUUGAAAGAGGAUACACACCUGGUUCAACUUUCAGACAAGAAAGCCAGCUGUAUGUGAACCGGAGAUUACGGACAGUAGUCGGCCCACUAUACGGCCCAAUGUUUUCAGAUCGUUAUCUAAAGUCCAAAAUAAAAACCCUUAAGAAAAGAUACCAUGAGUUCUCAAAACUGUUGAGCCAAAAGGGGAUUCACUGGGAUGUGGAAGACAAUAUAGUUUAUGGCAAUGAGAAACACCUGCGUGCACAUUACAAGGGUAAUUACCGGAAAGGCGGUUGCCCAGGAGAAGUGCAUUAUGAUCUCAUGCGCCAAGUUUUCGAAAGUGGGGUCAAGUUCAAGUAAGGAAAAGCUCACAUACCUGUAUGUGGUGCUCCUAAUCACUAGUGUGGUCACUUCAAUAAUUUUCAUGUUAUGAUCUCGAUAUCUAAUUCCCAUUUAAAGAAUGUACUGCUUGUAUGAUGCUCAAACAUCAUACAAACUGCAAAAGUCGUUGAUGUAUCCAAAGACAAUGGUCAAAACUAGUACGCACUCCUACCAGUUUGUGCUUCAUUAAUUCUCAGUCCAUGGAAUUUGAUCCUUUCAAAUUAGCUAUC